GUCACCUGUCUAACGGGAUCUACCGGCUCGUCGUUCAUUCAUAGGAAAAUAGAGUCCAGUCGCAGUGACCGCGUCCGACACAGUCCCAGCAAACAUGGCGGGUUACCUGAAAGCCCUGGCGGCCGCGUCGAGAGGUACAGCCGCCGCUCUGUCGCCACACGCCGCCGUGCUCUCACCGGCCGCCGUCUGCCAUCACAGACUCCAGCAGAGGAACUAUGCCACGAAGCGCAUCAAGGUGAACCAGCCGGUGGUGGAGAUGGACGGGGAUGAGAUGACUCGCAUUAUAUGGGAGUUCAUCAAAGAGAAGCUCAUUCUAUCCAACGUCGAUGUUGAGCUGAAGUACUUUGACCUGGGGCUGCCCUACCGCGACCAGACAAACGACCAGGUCACCAUCGACUCCGCUCUGGCAACCAAGAAAUACAACGUGGCGGUCAAGUGUGCCACCAUCACCCCGGAUGAGGCCCGAGUUGAGGAGUUUAAGCUAAAGAAGAUGUGGAAGAGCCCUAAUGGAACCAUCAGGAACAUCUUGGGCGGCACAGUUUUCCGUGAGCCGAUCCUUUGUAAAAACAUCCCUCGUCUCGUUCCCGGUUGGACACAGCCCAUAACAAUCGGCAGACACGCUUUUGGCGACCAGUACAGGGCCACAGACUUUGUAGUUGACCAGCCUGGCAAGUUCAAGAUGGUGUUUUCCCCAGCGGACGGAGGCAAGCAGAAGGAGUGGGAGGUGUUUGACUUUACCGCAGGGGGCUGUGGGAUGGGAAUGUACAACACUGAUGAGUCCAUCAGUGGGUUUGCUCACAGCUGCUUCCAGUAUGCCAUCCAGAAGAAGUGGCCUCUGUACAUGAGCACCAAGAACACCAUCCUCAAGGCCUACGACGGGCGCUUCAAAGACAUCUUCGAGGACAUCUUUGAGAAGAAGUACAAGUCAGAGUUCGACAAGCUGAAGAUCUGGUACGAGCACCGGCUCAUUGACGACAUGGUGGCUCAGGUCCUGAAGUCUUCUGGAGGAUUUGUUUGGGCCUGCAAGAAUUACGAUGGAGACGUGCAGUCAGACAUUGUGGCUCAGGGUUUUGGUUCUCUAGGCCUCAUGACAUCAGUACUAGUGUGUCCUGACGGCAAGACUAUUGAGGCCGAGGCUGCCCACGGCACCGUCACCAGGCACUACCGAGAACACCAGAGGGGAAGACCAACCAGUACUAACCCCAUUGCUAGCAUCUUUGCUUGGACCAGAGGGCUGGAGCACAGAGGCAAACUGGACGGAAAUCCCGACUUGAUAAAGUUCUCCCAGACGUUAGAAAAAGUCUGCGUGGAAACGGUGGAAAAUGGCGUGAUGACCAAGGACCUUGCAGGCUGCAUCCAUGGCUUGGCCAACUGUAAGCCGAACGAACAUUAUGUCAACACAUCUGACUUCCUGGAUGCUAUCAAGACCAACCUGGACAAAGCUCUGGGUAACUGAAGAACAGUCGGAAGACACGCUUGCCUUUGUAGAGACACAAACUCUGUCUGGAGAUUUUAGCUUGUUUUUACCGUCCAUUUGUAUGAACCUUUGUAUCCAAUUUUGAAGGACCCAAAUUUAUUACUUUUUGUGCCAUUUUUGUAUUUGUAUAACUCACAGACACAUUACUCUUGUGGCCAGUGGUGGUCAGCUUUUCAUUUUUGUAUUGCAUAAUUAACUGAUUGUCCUGUAAAGGCCGUUACACAGCGGGGACCAAAUCAAUGACAAAUGAAUGACAGGAAAAUGCAUCAGAACUAUUCGUACCGGCAGCAACAGGGGCAACACUUGUUCAGAAGGUUUGAAUAGAUUCACGGAAGCUCGUUCUUCAGAGGAAAGCAUUCGACCUCAACCAGUGAUGAUAAUCUUGUCCGCCUCCACCUCACAGACACACACACAGAGGGACAGAGGGACAGACAGGAAAGGGAAAACACAAGGAAUAACUGAUAAUACUUAUGUCCUUUGCCAUAUAAUACAGUGUGAUGAGAAACACAAUCAACAGGGGCGCCAUUGUCAUUAGGAGCUGUGAUGUGAUGUUGCCUCUGCACAAAGUUCAUUAAUGCCUUUUUUUCUGCUGUGAACGAUCAGCAGAAUCAACCUUUUUCCCCAAAAAAACAUAAUAUUCCUGCUCACGACAAAAAGCUAGUUUGAAAAUAUAUAUUGACAUGCGAAUUAAUCGCAUGGAAAAAACGCCCCUGUGUGUAAAGGCCUGAAGGAUGAAUUUAAAGGCUAAGGUUAACUUAUAAUGGGGAUUUCAAAGAAGUUUCAAUCUUUCACAUUUAAUUAGAGGGUACCUCCAGGUCAACAGAAACAAGGACAAUAUUGCCAUGUUUUGCACAAUCACCAUGAAUCUUAAAAAGAAAUAGUGAUUGUUAAUCACUCAAUGACAAGAAGUGUGUGGAGAGUCCUUUUUCUGCUUGGUCGUCGUUUUGUCCUUUACUUCAGCAGCAACACUUUUCAGUGCUGUUAUCCUGAACAGUGGGGCAGUGGUUACCAUUACGCCUCUAGAGGAGCCUUGAGAAUGAUUCAAUGAGACAUCAGGUAAGGAACACGAAGUAGUGCUCAACUUAAACCUCAGUCACAUAACCCCUAAGAAUCACUAAUAGAAAUGUCAUCUGUAUGCAUUUAAUUUAUGCACUUCUGAGCCUCUGUCCAUCAGUGCAUUCAUGCAGUGUCUUACACUGAUUCAACAGCUGUCACGUGCACCCUCCUGUGCACGACAGUGAGUAGUGUUUGCGCCAGCAGGGGACCGGACCUGGUGGGAGUUUUAGCAAAGCUCUUUGCUUACUGUGGUGACAACUACAGUCUAUCACGGAUGUCGACAUGGUCACAGUCAGCCAGCGAUGUCGUGUAUUGUGAAUGAAUGCUCAUCCUUCAUUGUAGCACUCCAAAAGAAGCACUGGUUUUAAAUUCCCACUGCUCCUGUCAGAAUUGAUUCUGGGCAAAAUUGCUCCUGUAGAUCAGUUUUGAUGGCUGAAAAGAAGAAGAAAAAGUUGAGGUUUGUGGCAGGUAAAAGUUACCUGAAUUUGUCUUGGAGCAAUGUUUCUGUUCAUGUAGAUUGCCUGGUUUUCAUUAUGUUACUACUCACAAUAACCUGUAAUUAGCCAAAGCAAACACGCCUUUAGAAAGUAUGUGAAUAGGCUCUCAUCAGGCAAACAUACACACACUGACAGAACAACAGUUUGGUAUCACAUUAUCCUUGUUGCUCACUGUCGAUAUAAAGCAUUUGGUGCUUUAAAGUCCAGACAGAGGUUGACUUCACACCUGGACCACUCGCCAAAGAAUAUGCUAGUCUGUCUUUCCCAGUCACUGAAAAGUCAAAGAAAAUGAACAAGGUACCUCUAAUACAAAAUUACCAGAAAUUAGCAUUUAGAUUACCUUUUCCCUCUUUUUUUAAAAAUGUCCUCCUGGAAGAACAUUCCCACAGAAGUGCUAAGUGUUGAAGAACGUCACAUACACAAUGGCAAACCUUCCGCCUCUCUGCUGCCUCCUCAUGCUGGCUCCUCCCGCCAAAUCCUCAAUUUCAAAUGGUAGCAAAAUGAGUCAUUCGACCUGUGAAACCUCGCGCCUCAUACAACUCACUUUCCAUGGCGGGAGACACCACUACUACUCAUCUUCUCAUAGACGCCCCAGGGCAGAUCGCCCCAGGCGUCAGAGGCAGCUGUGAUGCCGCCUAACAGCGGGAUUAGGGGCAAGUACAUCACAUCCACACACCACGCCCCCCUCCCCCCUCUGAAUUUAGAAAGCCUGAAAAACAGAGCCAGGAGGAGGCGCAGAAGUCAAUUUUCUCUCAGAGCGCUUGAGUUACAAAAUGCUGAAAGGUUAUUAUGGAAUUUUUGCCCAAUGACGCCAACAAUAAAUUGCCUACUGCAGCUUUAAUAUGAUCUGCAGCCAUAAAAGAGUCAUAACUCACAGUGCAGAUUUAACAGUGGUAAGGUCCUUACUGGAGUUCACUGAGGCUUCAGAAAGGCUUUAGAAACUUCAGUUCCCACAACAGGUUGUGUCCUGAGGCAAGACACUGACCCCAAGCAGCUGACUGCAUGAAAUAAAUGAAAAAACAUGCUGAACAGACGAGCUUACCCAUUAAUAUAAAGGUUUCCCCUUUUCACUUAGUAAAUAAGUGAGACAUCUGUCUUAUGAUGUCUAAUAGGGAGCACAUCACAUUUAACAAACACACACACACACACAACUCUCUUAAUUCUAUUUGUUUCUUCAUACCAACGAUUUAAAUGUUUUUUAAAUGAGUUUUUCCUCAUUUAAGUAAUUGAAUAUGUAUCAGAUUUGUGUGUUGUCAAGCACUGAAUUACUAACAAGUUAGGGUGCUGUAAUAGCUCUGCCCAUGUGCUCAGACUGUGGCCUUACUGCAGCGGCUGGGAUGAUGAUGAUGAUGUCACUGGUCCGUUUGCAGUGUUUUUGCCUAAAGACCUGUGCUGUAUUUUUUAGCAAAUAUAUGCCUGCAGAUGACUAAAACUGAUAAUAGCACAGAAAAUAAAUAUUUUGCAUGUUUUUCUCUAAUGGUCUAGAUGUACCUGGACGAUUAGCACAUCUGCCAGCUAACUCGAAAUGAUCAAACAGCUUUCGGUGGAUGAUUAUGGUGUUUUGGCCUAAAUAUUUUACUGAAUUGGAUCGUCUGGACUUCGGCAAUAUAACCACACCAUUUUUGUCUGUGUGUUAUCGAUCAGUGGAUUACUAUGAGAUUCCAUCAGAGAAUUGCUCCAAUUUUAUAACUGUUUGUUUCUUUGUUGUUGCAGUUGAUUGUAUCUGCUCUUGUGAUUGUAUCUUAAUUGGUUUUAAUCAAUUGAUUCAUGAGAAUCUGUCCAUCAAAACUUAAAACACAGCAGUUGUGUACUUUUCACAUCAUCAGUACCAUCAGUACUCACACAGCCCGCCGACGGGCCGUCGGAAGUGUUAAGAAGUGUCUAAAGCCGUGCUAGCCUCGCAUAGCCAGACCAAUCUCUACAGCGCUGUACAGCCAUGCUAGCAGCUCUGUGAGGUUGUGGCUUACUUUGUCACAGUAGUGCUUUGAGCUACAUGCUAACAUGCUCAUAAUGAAAUUGCUAACAUGCUGAUGCUAAGCAGGUACGAUGUUUAUCAUGAUCAUCUUAGUUUAGCAUCUUAGCAUGCUAACAUUUACUAAUCAGCAUUAAAUGCAAAGUAGAAUUGAGUUUGUUGGGAAUGUCAUUACUUUUGCAGACACUUGGUUUUAAACCAAAGUACACAUUGUAAUCUCAACCAGAAGGCAGUGCUAGCUGAAAAGUUAAGGUAUCACCAAAGUUAAUAGAAUUUACCCUGAAGCAGACAUGUGUGAAACACAUGGCCACUCGUCCAAUAGUUAAUAGACAUUUCAUUUCAAACCAUAGAUGUCAGCCUCAUGGUGGCGCCUCAGAAAAAGUCAAAGGAUCACCAAAGUCAUUAGGAUUCAUCCUCCAGAGACCAUGGGCAUCUGAACUAAAUUUCAUGGCAAUCUGCUAUUUGUUGAGAUAUUUCAGUCUGGACCAAACUGGUGGACCUACUAACAGACUAGCACUGCCAUCCCUGGAGCUGCAAGCAUGGCUAAAAAUACCGGAGUGAGAGGAUUACCCCCUCGAACAGUGACAGAUUAAAACACCAGUCUCCAUCAUUUAAACUAGAGAACCUUUAUUAAAUAAUUCAUGGUCAAUUUCCAUGAGGUCUCAGUUUUAUA